AUGGACGGGACACCGGAGCCUCUGGCCAUGACCGUCCACCUGCUCGCCAACUCUGGGCAUGGCUCGCUUCUGCAGCAAACUCUGGAUCAGCUCCUGGACUGCAUUUGCCCAGACGUGCGUCCCUUUCUGGUGUCAGAACGGGUCAGUCCAGUGAAAUACUAUGACAAGUGCCACUGCAAGUGCUCACGGUUCCCGGGGAUGUCUGUGUUGCUCUUCCUGCACGAGAGCCUGGGAGAGGAGCGGCUCUUUCGGGUUCUUGACUCCCUCCAGCGCUGGCCAUGGCACUGCUACCCCGCCCCGAACGCUCACGGGGCGCCGUGUCCCUACAUCCUUGCCAACCAGGAGUUCUACAGUGUGGACAGCCAGAUGCCCGUCUGGGGUGUGAGGCAGGUGCACUGCGGCUCCGAGGUCCUGAGGGUGACACUCUACUGCAGUUUUGAUAACUACGAGGAUGCCAUCAGACUCUAUGAGUUGAUCCUGCAGAAGGAAGCCACCGUGCAGAAAAGCAACUUCUGUGUCUUCGUGCUCCAUGCCACUGAGAGCUUCGCUCUGCAGUUCUCCCUGGCGCAGCUGCCCCUUGGAAUGUCAGUGGACCCCAAAGAAUCUUCUGUGCUGCAGUUCAAGGUUCAAGAGAUAGGCCAGUUAGUACCCCUCCUACCCCAUCCGUGCGUCCCCAUCAGCCGCACCAGGUGGCAGACACAGGACUACGAUGGCAAUAAGAUCCUGCUUCAGGUCCAGUUGAAUACAGGACUUGGUGUCAGGAAUGGCGAGCUUUCCUUUCUGAAUGGCACCUCGGGAGCUGACACACUUCUCCAGGGCUCCCGGCUGAUCUCUGUCUCCACAAGAAGGACCCUGGAGCCACAAUGCCGAAGGAACCGGUCCAGGAGGCUCAAGGUGGGCUCUCUGGAGUGUGCGGAGCCUGCUGAGAGCCCUGUGUCAGACAGCUUUAGUGGCACCUCGUGGAAAAGCCCUGGCUGCUUGUACCAGGACAAGAGCUCCGCAAUGGGCGUCCAGAUGCAUCUGCCUUCUCCCCACCUCCAACCUGGGGCCAGAAGAAAGGUCCUCAGCCUGCAAGACAGCUUUGGGAAGCUGGAGGCAGAAACGAAUGUUGACACGGGGUGCACCGUGGUCAAUUCUGGACCCCAACAGUCUUUUCUGAGCAGAUUUUCAAGGGAUGUCCGGACCAGCAAUGCACCACCCUGCUUGCCAGACUCUUCCUCAGGGGCAACUGCCUCCAAGAACAAUAGAAUCUUUAAGGCAAGUACCCAUUCUUUGUCACUUGCUGGCCAAAGGGACCUUGGUGCAAGGAAGAUAAUCUCACAAUGUCCCCUUCACCUGCCAGUCCAGGGUGAAGAAAAAGAAGAAGAAUUCUUUAUAUAG